ACUGACAACGCAUGCGCGCAACUGCCGCCACCCCUGAAAACGUUCCGUGUAGCCUUCGGAGAAAAACACAACCAACAAAAACCAAAAAGAAGAAGAAAAACACCAUGAACAAUUACUAAACAUAUUUAGUACGGACGACAGCGAGAGACGGUUUUAUCCAUGUGAGAAUGAGUCAGUAUUUCAGUAAAAUUCGUAGCUUAGCUUAGCUAGCUAGCUGCUAACAAAGAGAGCCGGAAGUUUUCAAUACAUCGAAACAUUCGUAGUUUGAAGAAGAACAAAGCAACUCCGUCGAACAAAGUAGCAGAACGCUAACUACUGGACGCUGUCUCCAUGAAGCCUCAAGCUGUGUUACGCAGAGCAGACGUCAACGAACAACAUCUUCCUCCUGAGCAGCAGGAGUGGAACUACCGGAUGGAACAGGAGCCGCGGCACCGCCGCUUUAAACAGGAAGAAGAGGCGGCAAAGCGCCAAUACAUGAAACAGGAAAUGCCGCGGCCCUCUCACUUUCAAGAGGAACAGGAGGAGCUACGGCACUGGCGCAUUAAAGAGGAAGAGGAAGAUAUCAGCAUCAGUCAGGAGGGAGAGUAUCUUCAUGGACAGGAGGAGUUCCAUGUGAUUAGUGUCCCUGUGAAGAGUGAAGAUGAUGACGACCAAAGUGAGGAGGAGACUCCGUGCAGCAGCUCGACUCAACACGUGACAAAAGAAGCUGACGGAGACCACGGCGAAGGAUCACCAGCACACGACCUCUUAGCUCCGCUAUCAGAUAGCGACGCCAUCACUUCGCAGUCUGACACCGAUGACGAAGACCGCGAAGCUGACGUGACCGCUAACGCCGACAACGCGCGCUGGAAAUGCUCUCAGUGUGACAAAACGUUUGUUACCAAGGGGAAUCUGAAACUACACAUGAGGCGUCACACAGGCGAGAAACCGUUCGCAUGCUCACUUUGCGGUAAAAGAUUCUCUCAGCAGUCAAAUUUGAAAGUACACACAAGAAGACACACCGGAGAGAAACCUUUUCCUUGCACGGUUUGCGGUAAACAUUUCAAUCAAAAAGCUGAUUUAAAAAGACACACAAGAAUACACAUCGGAGAAAAACCGUUUUCCUGCUCGGUUUGCGGUAAAGGAUUCAUCGAGAAGGCAAACUUGAAAGAACACUCGAGAAUCCACACCGGAGAGAAACCUUUCUUGUGCUCGUUUUGUGGUAAAGGUUUCCAUCUUAAGAUUAAUUUAAAAACACACACAAGAAUCCACACCGGGGAGAAACCUUUUCCUUGCACGGUGUGCGGUAAAAGAUUCUCUCAAAAAGGUGUUCUAAAAAGACACGCGACGAUACACACCGGUGAGAAACCGUUUCCUUGCACGGCGUGCGGCAAAAGAUUCAAUCAAAAAGGCGAUUUAAAGAAACACACGAGAAUACACAAUCGAGAGAAACUAUUUUCCUGCUCAGUUUGCGCCGAAGACUUCGCCGAGAUGUCACAUUUGACAGAGCACACAAGAAUACACACGCUGGAGAGAAACACUUUCCUUGCACAGUGUGCGGUACAAGAUUCGAUCAAAACAGCGAUUUAAAAAAAAAACAAAAACGCAAGAAUCCACACCGGAGAGAAACCUUUUCCUUGCCCGGUUUGUUUUUGUAAAGGUUUUUCUCAGAAAAUAACUUUAAUGGGUUAGUUUUUUAAUUAGUUAAUUAGUUUGUGUUCAGAAAUUCCCAAGUAGUGCAAACCUGACUGAACACAUGACGGGACAGGACGGACACACGGGAGAGGAACUUGAACACGUUUGAAAGGACGCAUCCGGGUGGAUUUCCAAGGACACGACAUCGGAACCACGAAUGAGGAAGAUGGUAUUAGUGUUCAAAUAUGUCUAAAACGACGUAACAUUUGUAGGUAGUGUUUGUUUCCACGUUGUUUUCACGUAUGUGAACGCAUUUGUUUUGUCUUAGCCUUUAGAAGUGUACAUUUUAACCCUCAA